AUGUGUCGUUCAAAGGAUAACCAAAAUCUAACGACUCCUGAUUUAAUUCGCAUCGAUCACAUAAUAAGCCAAAAUAUACAGCUACGAGAACGAGUACGCCGACUAGAAAUACGUGAAGUCGCUAAUAACUUCGUUCGAAUUCAAUUGGAAAGAGAAAUUAUGGAGUUACGAGCUGAAUUACGAGAGAAAAAAAUGGUGCCAAAUUUAGUUGUGGUAUCGUGUGUGAUCAUUUUACUAGGUGUACAUGUAUACGCAUAUUUUUCCAGGUAA